GCAACAUUAGCACAAGUGUGCAAAACAAAAACAUUAAUAAAGGCGGGAGCUCUUGUUGUCAUAAAUUUCUGAUAUGAGUAAAAAGGCAACACGCUCCACAAAACCCAAGGCGGAUCCAGAUGCGGUGCCACAAAAGGCGUGUGCCAUAAAGAAAGUAUUCUAUAUAUCGGAAAAGUUGCUCGAUGCUGAAGGCGACCAUCGAUUGUGCUUGGAGCGCUUCUAUCAUCCCGGUAAGGCGCGACCGGCUUUGUUUAUGACGCUUCAGGAGCGGGAAAUAAUGGAGGUGCUAGAGUACGCAGAACCGCGACGCAGCUGGCUAAUAAACAGUGAAGUGUGCUCCAACGGACGCACAUACAUGACGACGCCAAUAGACGCCACGCUACUAGCACUUCAUCAUCUACGCAAGCAUUGCUCCCAGCGCGCAAUGUCGCUGGACAGCAUAAGUGUGGAUGAGCCGGAUGCUAGCACAAAUCGCCUGCUUACCAAAUUCGUGAGCACCGACCGUCUGAAGUGUGUGGCCGAUGUGAAGACCUCCGGCGACCUGAUCUUCUAUAAGUACAAUAGUCAUCGGGCGCUGGCAUGGCUUGCAUUGAAGACUCGACAAGUUGUGUCCGUGCUCAAGGCAAAACGGGUGCACUGUGGAUUGGGCGCCAAAUCGCAAAACUACGUGCGCAGCGAAAAGUUGGUGGAAGAAAACGAUGUCAACGAAAUGGACUACAUGCGCAUGGCCUGCGAUUAUGUGGGUAGAUAUUUGGAUGCGGAUUUACAUGCAGAACUCACAAACUAUCUGCACAUACCAAGCGAGAUUCAGGCACUAGUCGAAGAAAAUGCCACGUCACAAAAACGCAAAUCCCAGCAAGGACAAACCAGUGCAAAUAGCAAAAAAAUUAAACUCGCCAAUGGCGAUGAUGCUGCUGCACAGCUACGAAACAGCAGCCUGAUCGACAGUGAUGACAUAAAGGAGAGCAUCACGUCGCCCAGCACACCUGCACCGCUCAAGGAGCGCACCAUGACGGCUAAGGAGAAGGCGCUGGCCAAAGGCGCCAAGGGCAGCAAAAGCAUUUCAUCAUUUUUCAAAGUUAAAUAGUCUUAAGCAUAUAAUAAGUUGCAUUUUUUAAGAAGCAUUGUUCAAUAUCAACUCAUAUUUUAUUUAUAUAAACAAGCGGAAUGAUUGAA